AUGAACUACUUUCGACCACUCCGCGACGCGUAUCUGUACGACCUAAUUGUGUCUAUCAUCGCCGUGGUUGCUGGUAUGAUAAUGUGCAUUCCUGGCCUCGGGAGACCCGCCAUGCUCUUCCUACUCCUCCUCUUUUCACUCCUUUUCAUUGGCGGAUUCGGCUGGACAGAAGCAGAGCACAUCCGCCACGCACAUCAUUUCCCUUAUUAUCCAACUUCAACAAGCCUCGUUGUCUUUCUUGGAAUUUUAGGAUUCGGUGGUUUCCUUAUUUUCCUUAUCGAAAGUGCCGUCUACAUACGUUCUCGUCGUGUACGCCGCAUUCAUGUGACCGCUUGA